CUUCGUGAAGGCUCUCAGAGUCGGAGCCCUUAGCUGAGAGUGCGGGCGGCUUUGUGGCGGGCUCUGGGGAGCCGGGCGCGGUGGCUAUGCAGGCCCCAGACGGCGGCGACGACGGCGGCGGCGGCGGCGGCGGCGGCGGCGAGGCCGGUGCGGCGGGCGGAGCGGGCGGAGCCGGGGGCCAGGACCGCCAGCCUAGCCCCGGAGCUCCUGGUUGCCAGGGGCGCUCCGGCAGCCCUGAGGGCGAUGGUGGCCCCGGCGGCGGCGGCGGCGGCGGCGAGAGAGCAGAGGACGAGGAGGCCGGUGAUCCUCCUCAGGCCCGGCAGGCACCGCAGGCCCUGUGGCCUGGUGCGGAUGCGGCGCCUGUAGCUGUGGCAGCGGCAGGCCGACUGCUGGAGUUCACGCUCACCGUGCCUUUCCGGUCGCCCCUGGAGGCAGAGAUGGCCCGCAGGUCCCUGGCCCCAUACGCCGAACGCCACCGAGGGGUGGUUCAGAAGGAGCUUACAGUGAACGGCAGCACCCUGGUCGUGUCAGUUCUAGCAGAUAGAUGGACUGCUGAAGACCCCGUCUUCUUCCGAGCUUCGAUCAACUCGUUCCUCGACCAGCUUUCCCUGGGGCUCUGGGUCCCCUCCUCCUGGAAGCCUAGGCCCAGGAAAGGGAGCUGAGGCCUAGUCUUGUGCCCCCUACUAGGCAAGGCACAGGGAGUUGGUACUUGGAGUCAAUUGCCACUUUGUUACCAGGGUUUACUUUUUGGCCCGUAGGGGCCCUUGGGCCACUUGAUUUCUUUCCCUGUUGCUAGAGGAGCGGGCGCUUCAAAUGUUUGUUACUGCAGAAAAUAAAAGUGA